CCAUCUUAAGCCCUCGCUCGGUGGCGGCCGCGGCAGCUCGUGUCGUGCGCAGCCCGCGGGCCCGGGGAGGCGGAGACGGAGCGCGGUGGGCGCCGAGCCGUCAGCGCGGGGAGGCCGAGGGCGAGCGGACGGCCGCGGGGGAGCAGCGCGCGCGGCCCGGAGGACAUCUGAAGCUUAUCGCACAACUGCUGUGACACUCCUGUGUGGACAAUGGCCACUCAAGCUGACCUGAUGGAGCUGGACAUGGCCAUGGAGCCGGACAGAAAGGCUGCUGUAAGCCACUGGCAGCAGCAGUCAUACCUGGACUCUGGAAUCCACUCUGGUGCCACCACCACAGCUCCUUCCCUGAGUGGCAAGGGCAACCCUGAGGAAGAAGACGUGGACACCUCCCAAGUCCUCUAUGAGUGGGAGCAAGGCUUUUCCCAGUCCUUCACGCAAGAGCAAGUAGCUGACAUUGACGGACAGUAUGCCAUGACGAGGGCUCAGAGGGUACGAGCCGCCAUGUUCCCUGAGACACUGGAUGAGGGCAUGCAGAUCCCAUCCACACAGUUUGAUGCUGCCCACCCCACUAAUGUCCAGCGGUUGGCCGAGCCGUCACAAAUGCUGAAACACGCAGUAGUCAAUUUGAUUAACUAUCAGGAUGAUGCCGAACUUGCCACACGUGCAAUUCCAGAGCUGACAAAACUGCUAAAUGAUGAAGACCAGGUGGUGGUGAAUAAAGCCGCCGUUAUGGUUCAUCAGCUUUCCAAGAAAGAAGCUUCCAGACACGCCAUCAUGCGCUCUCCUCAGAUGGUGUCUGCUAUCGUGCGCACCAUGCAGAACACAAACGAUGUAGAGACAGCUCGUUGCACUGCUGGGACUUUACACAACCUUUCCCACCAUCGCGAGGGCUUGUUGGCCAUCUUUAAAUCUGGAGGGAUUCCGGCUCUGGUGAAAAUGCUUGGGUCACCAGUGGAUUCCGUGCUGUUCUAUGCCAUCACGACACUGCAUAACCUCCUGUUACAUCAGGAAGGAGCUAAAAUGGCUGUGCGCUUAGCCGGGGGCCUGCAGAAAAUGGUCGCUCUGCUCAACAAAACAAACGUGAAGUUCUUGGCCAUUACAACAGACUGCCUUCAGAUCUUAGCUUACGGCAAUCAAGAGAGCAAGCUGAUCAUCCUGGCCAGUGGUGGGCCCCAAGCCCUAGUGAACAUAAUGAGGACGUACACUUACGAGAAGCUUCUGUGGACCACCAGCAGGGUGCUGAAGGUGCUGUCCGUGUGCUCCAGCAACAAGCCUGCCAUUGUGGAAGCUGGUGGGAUGCAGGCGCUCGGGCUCCACCUAACAGACCCGAGCCAGCGGCUGGUCCAGAACUGCCUCUGGACUCUCAGAAACCUCUCAGAUGCAGCGACUAAGCAGGAAGGAAUGGAAGGCCUCCUUGGGACUCUGGUGCAGCUUCUGGGCUCAGAUGACAUAAACGUGGUCACCUGUGCGGCCGGGAUUCUCUCUAACCUCACUUGCAACAAUUACAAGAACAAGAUGAUGGUGUGCCAAGUGGGCGGCAUAGAGGCUCUUGUGCGCACUGUCCUCCGUGCUGGUGACAGGGAGGACAUCACUGAGCCUGCCAUCUGUGCUCUGCGCCAUCUGACCAGCCGGCAUCAGGAAGCUGAGAUGGCCCAGAAUGCCGUUCGCCUUCACUAUGGACUCCCUGUUGUGGUUAAACUCCUGCACCCACCAUCGCACUGGCCCCUGAUAAAGGCAACUGUUGGGUUGAUUCGGAACCUUGCCCUUUGCCCAGCAAAUCACGCGCCUCUACGGGAGCAGGGUGCCAUUCCACGGCUAGUCCAGCUGCUUGUGCGAGCGCAUCAGGACACCCAGCGGCGAACUUCCAUGGGCGGAACACAGCAGCAGUUCGUGGAGGGAGUCCGAAUGGAGGAGAUAGUUGAAGGGUGCACUGGAGCGCUCCACAUCCUUGCCCGAGACGUUCACAAUCGGAUUGUAAUCCGCGGACUCAAUACCAUUCCAUUGUUUGUGCAGUUGCUGUAUUCUCCCAUUGAAAAUAUCCAAAGAGUGGCUGCAGGGGUCCUCUGCGAACUUGCUCAGGACAAGGAGGCUGCAGAGGCCAUUGAAGCCGAGGGAGCCACAGCCCCCCUGACAGAACUGCUGCACUCCAGGAACGAAGGCGUGGCCACAUACGCAGCUGCUGUUUUAUUCCGAAUGUCUGAGGACAAGCCACAGGACUACAAGAAGCGGCUUUCGGUUGAGCUGACCAGUUCCCUCUUCAGGACAGAGCCAAUGGCGUGGAAUGAGACUGCUGAUCUCGGACUGGACAUUGGUGCCCAGGGAGAAGCCCUUGGAUACCGCCAGGAUGAUCCCAGCUACCGUUCCUUUCACUCUGCUGGAUAUGGCCAGGAUGCCUUGGGGAUGGACCCGAUGAUGGAGCACGAGAUGGGUGGCCACCACCCAGGUGCUGACUAUCCAGUCGAUGGGCUGCCUGACCUGGGCCAUGCCCAGGACCUCAUGGACGGGCUGCCCCCAGGUGACAGCAAUCAGCUGGCCUGGUUUGAUACUGACCUGUAGAGCGUCCCUUAGGAGUAACAAUACAAAUGGAUUUGGGGAGUGACUCACGCAGUGAAGAGUGCACAGGAGUGGAUCACAGGAUGGCGUUGUCAGACCCUAGCCUUGCUUGUUCUUUUUCGUUUUUCUGUUUUGUUUUUUUAAAUAUCUGUAAUGGUACUGACUUUGCUUGCUUUGAAGUAGCGUUUAUUUUUUGCAGUAACUGUUAGUUUUUAAGUCUCGCAGUGUUAUGUUCUAGUGAACCCGCUACGGCAAUUUCUGAUUUCUAAGAACCGAGUAAUGGUGUAGAACACUAAUUCAUAAUCACGCUAAUUGUAGCCUGGAAACGUGUAACGUUGUGUAGCCUUUUGUAUAAAUAGAUAGAAAUGGUCCGAUUAGUUUCCUUUUUAAUAUGCUUAAAAUAAGCAGGUGGAUCUAUUUCAUGUUUUUGAACAAAAACUUUAUCCGGGGAUACGUGCGGUAGGGUAAAUCAGUAAGAGGUGUUAUUUGAGCCUUGUUUUGGACAGUUUACCAGUUGCCUUUUAUCCCAAAGUUGUUGUAACCUGCUGUGAUACAAUGCUUCAAGAGAUGCGGUUAUAAAAUGGUUCAGAAUUAAACUUUUAAUUCAUUC